AUGUCCUUCUCAUCAAUCCCCCUGAUCGACUUUCGCCAGCUGCAGGAUGCAGAAGAGCAGACCAAAGCCUCGGCUCUCGCCCAGCUGCGCGAGGCCAUUUUCCUUGUUGGGUUCUUAUAUCUGACCAACACAGGAUUGGAGGAAACGAUUGCCAAAACACACGCGGCGUUACCCUCGCUCUUCUCACUACCGGAAGCCGUCAAGGAAGAAUGCAAUAUGCUGCACUCGCCUGCUUUUCUCGGCUAUACGCGUCUGGGGGCGGAGACGACGGCCAAGAGAACCGACUGGCGGGAGCAAUUUGAUUUCGGAACCGGAGGAGAAAGAAAGAUAGACCAUGCCUGGGACCGACUGGAAGGGUAUAACCAGUACCCCGACGACAAGACCCAACGGCUGGUGGAAGAGUAUCUGGCCGGGAUCCAGGUGGUAUCGAGCCAAUUCAUGCACGCCGUGGCCGAGUGUCUGUCGCUGCCGAGGGAGACGUUUGAUGCGUUUGCUGGGCGGAUGAGCCGGUUGAAGUUCAUCAAGUACCCGGUCAGCCAGAGCGAAGAGACCAGACAAGGGGUUGGUCCGCACAAGGACUCGGCCGGGCUGUUCACGUUCCUGUCGCAGGAUGAUGUUGGGGGACUGCAGGUGCUCAAUAAGGACGGGGUCUGGAUCGAUGCGCCCCCCGUCCCGAACAGUCUGGUGGUCAACAUCCAGCAAGGGUUUGAAGCCAUCACGGGGGGGAUCUGUUCGGCCACGACGCAUCGAGUGGUGGCGCCCUGCAGCGACCGGAUCCGCUAUUCGAUUCCCUUCUUCCUUGGGGUGCGGUUGGAUCUCACGCUGGAUGAAUUGAAGGCGUCGGCGAGCCAUAUCGUCGAGCGCAUCCCGGCGGCCGACAAUGAGAAGAAGAAUGCGGUGGAUGUGCCGAGCGAGUUUCUCUCGCCGUUAUACCAAUGUUUUGGCGAGGCGCAUCUUCGCAAUCGCAUCUUGAGUCAUCCGGAUGUAGGCAAGAGAUGGUAUCCCGAUCUAUACGAAAAGUAUUCCAAGCAGCUUCUAGUUUGA